UCCCAUUCUGGACAGCUCCGUGUUCAUGAGCAGAAGACGCCAGAGGAGUAGAGGGGUCGGACAUGGAGAGGAGAAGCAGCAGCACUAGGGAUCGGUGAUCAGAACAUCCACUCACACCCCCUGCCCCCAGACACGCACUCAGCACUCACCCUCACACCCACUCACCCUCACUCACCCCCUGUCAGACACCCACUCACCCCCUGUCAGACACCCAGAGGCCUUAAAUCCUGCAGCUUCUCACCUGCCCCCAGUCUCCCGCACAUGGACUGAAUGAGGAGUAAAUGAGGAGUGAAUGAGGAGUAAGAGUGAAUGAAGACUUCGUACAACGCCUUUAGAUGCCUCACCAAAGAGCUGGGUGCCUGCGCCAUGAAUCCGGAGAUGACAAUGGACAGUCUGGCCAGUUUACACGGUGGGACGAGCCAUGAGCACGAGCUGAUCACUAGCCACAGCCCUCACCAUCACAGGAGCGUUACAUCUCUGAGGCUCCACCAGGACCUGACCCCUCCAUCCUCCAGAUCCGCCAUGGUCUCCAGUAUGGCUUCCAUCCUUGACGGGUCUGGCGAGUACCGGCCUGAGUUGUCCAUCCCUCUCCACCAUACCAUGGGCAUGUCCUGUGACUCCUCUCCCCCGGGCAUGGGCAUGAGCAGCACCUACACCACCUUAACUCCACUCCAAUCUCUUCCACCCAUCUCUACUGUGUCCGACAAAUUCCACCACCAUCAUCAUCCUCAUCACCCUCAUCAUCACCACCAGCGCCUGACUGGCAAUGUGAGUGGUAGUUUCACCCUGAUGAGGGAUGAGAGGGGUUUACCAGCCAUGAACAAUCUCUACAGCCCCUACAAGGACAUGACGGCCAUGGGCCAGAGCUUGUCCCCUCUGGGGAACGGUUUGGGCUCCAUCCACAACACCCACCAAAGCCUCCAUAACUAUGGACCCCCUGCUCAUGACAAAAUGCUCAGCCCAAACUUUGAUGCCCACACCAUGUUGGCAAGAGGGGAUCAGCACCUCUCUAGGGGUCUUGGCACCCCACCUUCUGCCAUGAUGUCCCACCUCAACGGGAUGCACCACCCCAGUCACCCAGGUCAUGCUCAGUCCCAUGGGCCAGUGUUAGCCUCCAGCUGUGAUAGGCCACCCUCUUCCUCCUCUGGCUGUCAGAUCAACAGCUCUGGCCAGUUGGAAGAAAUUAAUACCAAAGAAGUUGCCCAAAGGAUCACUGCCGAGCUCAAGCGAUACAGCAUCCCACAGGCGAUCUUUGCCCAACGGGUACUGUGCCGCUCCCAGGGGACUCUCUCUGACCUGCUGAGGAACCCCAAACCUUGGAGUAAACUCAAAUCUGGCAGGGAGACCUUCAGGAGGAUGUGGAAAUGGCUGCAAGAACCCGAGUUCCAAAGAAUGUCAGCUCUUCGGCUUGCAGCGCCAGAAUUCUCCGCUAUCUUGCAGUCCUCAUGCAAACGCAAGGAACAGGAACCGAACAAAGACCGAAAUAACUCCCAAAAGAAGUCCCGUCUAGUUUUCACGGAUCUCCAACGCAGAACGUUAUUUGCCAUCUUUAAAGAGAACAAGCGCCCGUCCAAAGAAAUGCAGAUCACCAUCUCCCAGCAGUUGGGCUUGGAACUCACCACAGUCAGCAACUUCUUCAUGAACGCCAGGAGGCGCAGUCUAGAGAAAUGGCAGGACGAUCUAAGUACAGGGGGAAGCUCUUCAAACUCCAGCACUUGUACCAAAGCAUGAGGGGUAAAGGCUUCGAAAUGGGGCACAACUCAACUGUAACCAAAAAGAGAAGACCGUAUUUAUAUAAAUAUUAAAAAAAACUUGGUGGUUGCGGGGCUAUUCACUGGUGAAAGUUAUAUAAUGAAUCCUUAAUCCGGCUUUUGCUUACUCUGUCUGCUGCUUAGAGCCACAUUAGUUGUGAGGCACCUGUAGCACAACAGCAAUAUCUAUGCCUCUGUGUAAGGGGGUCAGUAUAAGGUCUUUGCAACACCCAAGACCUCCUUGGGCUGUCCCACCGCUAAGAGGCAUCUUCCACGCAAACCAGUUAAUGAAGGGUAUCUGCCUCAUGAAACUAUAUCUACAAUCCAUAGCACAAGAAACCAAAGAUUUAAUCAACCACAACCUCAAAACACAGUGGUUUCCCCACCCCAGCACAAAUCCUUAACCCUGGUGAUUCCAAAGAACAUCUCUAUUUUUGUUGCUUCCAAAAGGUUUCAUCUAGUUUCACAAUAUAUUUUACAGGCUUUAUAUUAUUUUUUACCAAAUGACUACACUUAGAUGCCUCUCAGAUACACUUUUGUGAUGUAAAAGUACAGGUUGAAGCACAAAAUAUAAUAUAUGAAGAUACAAAUAGAUAUAUUGGACAGCUUGAAUCCAGUCACAUGCCAUACGUUUGUACAUAAUGUAGACAUGCUCUCAGGAGGUCCUUCUAUAUGGCUAUCACAAACAAAUAGGGUAGUUUCAUGUUUUGUCAGAUAAGUUGGAGGUUAUUGUAUCAUUCACUUGACCAUGAAAAGGUGUUGAAACUGGCAAAUGACCAAAGGAUCGACUUACUAAUCUUGGGGAACAUGUUGUCCAAAUAUUAGUAAAUCGAAGCUGCAACUUUUCAUUUUCAAUACACCGAUGUUUGCCUACACUGGGAACGUCACUGUCUGAGGAUAAGUCUUGUUCCCAAACCUUACAGCACACCAAAGAACAAAAAUAUAACCAAAGAAUGUAGAACGGCAUGUUUUACAACCCAAAUACAUAGUGUGUUUGCUUCACCAUUGAGAAGUCUGGAUAGUUUACUAUCAUCUAUAAAUAUAUAUAUAUAUGUGUGUGUGUGUGAAGACUAUUUAAGAUAUAUCAUUUUUGCGAGUAUUCAUGUUCAUUUCCCACUGCCGUAGAAUUGGCACAGCUAUUCAACAUGGCUGUUGUUCUUCCAGAUAAAAAUAGUUUGUGGUCAGUUUCUGUUUUGUUCACCAGUGAAUUGCCCCUCAUAGUAUACCUGGGUCUGUGUUCCAAGCCAAAGGCUAUAAUAACUCGUUAAAGACAUUCAAGACUUUUUUUUAUCUACCACUUAAUUGAAACCAAAGAAACGUUUUUUUUGCACCUACUUCUUCUGCAACAAACUGUUCCAUUUAGAAAAGGACGUCAGGAAAACUACUAACACACAAACAUCUACAGAAGCAGAUCUUGAAGAAAAAGGGUUGGUAAGGGUGAAAAGGCAAAGCGAAUACUGAGGGAUGCUGUUGCUGCUUCAUCUGACAACUCACUUAGUUCUCUAAAAGUUGGAAGAUUGUCUUUAAUUUGUGCCUAUGCAGUUAUUUUUUUUCAAAGAAAACAAAGGGACAGAGCAACCAAAACCUCAGUAGCUACAGUACCAAAGAAGAGGAUUCUCAAUAGCUUUCUUUUUCAGAUCAUAUUUUCUUCUUGCACGGCUAAACACGUACCAAACGACCAUCAGGUUUUCCUUUUUUUUAUGAUAAUUGUUAAUUGUUAAUUUUUUUUUCACACAAUGCAAUGCAUGACAAGGUUAUAACUGGCUCCAAACACAAGGUGUUGGGAUACUUAAAAAUAUUUGUGUGCUGAAUGUCUUGUUUUUUAAAAAACAGGGUGUUUUGGAUUUGGGUCAAUGCACGGAAGAAUAAUUUACGAUAAGAAUAAGUAAAAGGGGAAAGUUUGAGUGGAACUAAUUGUUAAGCAUAUUUUAUUUCUUUUUAAAAGCCAUUUGUUAUUUUCAAAAGAAUAGGUAAAAAUUGCUGUGGAUUUUUUUUCUACUCGCUUUUGACCAUAAUCAACUUUUAUACCUAAAACUUUUAAAAUGCUUGCCAAGAACUAGUCCCACUAAAGUUUUUUUUUUACCCAAAGCUUAAAAACCGUACAAAAAAUAAACACUUCGCAAUAUUUUAUUGCUGCAAUUUUCUAAUUUUGCAAAUAUUUUAUGUCUAAAGCUAAGAGGCAGAUUUAAGAAUUUUCUGAUUCAAGUUUUUUUCUAAACAUCAUGCAGAAAUGACAGGUUGCUUUUGCCAUUUUGAUUUUUUUUUCACAGUAUAGUUCCCAAAAAAAUUUAAUUAGAAAAACUUUUACAAAUCAUUUACAAUAAAAUUUAAAAACCCACAAAAUUCAAAAUAGCUGUACUUAAAAUCUACAGAAUUCUGUCCGAUUUUAAUUGCUGCAUUUUAUUAUUUGAAAAUUGAAGAUUAUUUUGGUGCAUAAUUCGAAUUUGAAACUAUAGACUCUGAGACACCAUCCUUUGAAAAAUACACACAAGCAAGUUCAUACCAUUAUUGUAGCACUGACAUGUUUUUGAUUCUAGAUUAAUUUACCAGGAAGCAUUUCUGAGAAGCACAAGAAGCACUAUAAGAGUUAUAGUGAACUCCCUUCCCCAGUUGCAGAAACUUUCAAAGUGAAAUUCAUGGAAAAGCCCCAUCUAACCUUUUCUGGAAGGUUGAACAGCUACAAGCUGAAGAGCAGGCACAUACUGUAUAGCAUGACCAGUUCUUCAUAUCAAGCUCUGGGAUUGGGAAGUGGUUCCAAAUGCUGCCUUUAGUGCAAUACUAAGUAUCCCAACAUCUUCUAUUUUCAUGGAGAGUCCAGAUCAUGGGCACAUCCUAGAUAAAUUCAACUUUUAAGAAACUAUGUAUAUUAUUCAGCCCCUUGAGUACCAAAAAGUUCCUCUAAGUCAUUGAGACCUUUCUGGCAUCCGAGAGGCUGAUCAUCAGUGGAAGAACAAAGAAUGUGUUAAUUAUUAUGGUUAAAUAGCUUUAUUCUCAAUCUAUUUUUACCUAAAGCUCAAUCCAAAGAGAAAGACAAAACCAGCACAAGCAAAGCAAGCUCCUACAUAUGUAAUUGUCAUCUCCUGCUACCAAAAGGAACUAGGCUGGGGUGACCACUAUGGCAAAAAAAAAAAAUUGCUAUUUGCUUGUUAUAUGUUUUUGUUAACAUUGUUAUUCAUGUUUUAUUGGCUGUAUUGGCUAAUAUGUAUUUAUUCAUUAACAGAAUCUAAUAUAAUAAUAAUUUAAUUUAAAACUGCUGAAUAUUUUUUAAUGAUUUACCUCCUCCCCCUUUUGCCCAAUAUCAUUCGGUUUGAAUCCAAAGUAUAAUUAACUUAUUAUAAUUAGAUUACUACUCACUUGCUUUUUUUUCAAUUAUUUAAUGUAAAUUUUGCUUAAAUUUGUUAUUGAUUACUUAUUUAUCAAGGUUGAAGGAUUACGGCAUCAGAGAUGCUCUUUUGUUAGACUCUGUAUCUUUGCUUUACAAAGCAGCCAAAUUCUGUUACAUAUGUGAGAAAAAUGCAGGUUACGGGGAAAAAAACACUUUUCAAAAAUGUAUUUAAUUUUAUGAUGGUACUUUUUGUAUGAUCUGUAAUUAAAUUAUUUAAGUUUAUUCCUGUUUGUGAGAAAAAAAACAGAGGCGAGAAACAUCGGAUAAUUUUGCCAUUUUAUGUCACGGUGCGACUUAUUUAUUUAAUUUAUUGGGCAUCCACUGGAACGGUGCGCUUGUAUAGCUUAUAUUUUUAUUUAAAUCAACCAAAGCACUACGAUUUCUUUUUUUGUUUUUAUGUUUCUUUUUUUUUUUUGGCUGAUCAGAACAACAGAGCGAAGUUUGUGGACAAGCAUUCAUCUUGACUCUGGGGUUGAACAUUUGGAAUACAAAUUUACACUACUGUUAUUACUCACCAAAGAUCUUGCUGGAAACUUUUGUGGCUUUUAAUAUGAGCUUGAAAAAUACGAAAAGGAAAAAAAAAAGACAUUCCAAACCAAAAA